CAUCUUGUUGCCAGUCUCCGGCGGAUCAACAUUCAACAUCACCGGGCCACUGAACUGGGCAUUGGCCAUGGCGCCUCCGAGGGUAUCAACGGCUUGUGCACGAUGUCGGAGGCAAAAGCUCAAGUGCGAUGCUACCAAGCCAUGCACAAUGUGCGUCCGCUCGGGUGCUGUUUGUCAGCCCCGGCAGGUGCACCAGUCGAAAUCCACGUCAAGACAAGGAGAAGAGUCUCGACAGCGCCGUCGUGGCCAACGGGUGACGCCCAUGUCGCCACAGCCCUCCCGGACCACAGCAUCCGCAUCCGGAAGCCAGGUGUCACCGAAUGACCGACAAACGGCCCCUGACUCAGUCGAGAGUCUGCCCUUUGGGGCUUCAAGUAAUCGGUCCGCCAUCUCGCUGGCCAUGAAUAUGUAUCAGAGCCUGGGGACACGAGCACCGACCAAGGACUCCGCGAUCCCCGGGACGCCGGCUCCGCCCCGUGUCUCCGUCUGGACGCUUCGGUCCAUACGGAUGCCCCCCCGCUCCGUCAUGGAGACCCUCCUCUGUCUCUACUUUGAGAAGAUGCAUUGGUUCAUCUGGAUCUUCCAUGAGCCAACGUUCAUGGCGCAAGCACAGGCCAUUCUUUCCGCAGAAUCAUGGACGCGCCAGGAUAUGCGGAAAGUCGUGGUCACGCUCACAGUCGCGGCCCUGGGCCUAAAGUGCGCCCUUCAGAACACGUCCCCUCAAGGCCGGCGUUUGCUGGCGUCCAUCUCUUCUGACCCGUAUAAUCUUGUUGAGCAGCUGGUUGGCGAGGUGCGGCUGCACUUGCUCGACCUGCUCGACGAUGCCUGCAUCGAGACCGUCCAAGUGACAGUCCUUCUGGGAGCCUUCUACAUCUUCCAUGGUUCACCAAGCCUUGCCUGGUCUACCAUUGGCAUGUCUGUCCGAACAGCAUACGGUUCGGCCCUACACUGCGUAUCCGAGGACGAGCCAGAGGACUCGGUAGCUACGCAGGUGCGCCGACGAUGCUGGAAUCAUGUCACGGUCGCGGACACGUUUGCAUCCCAGAUAUACGGACGGCCGGCGUCCAUUGACCCGGCCUUUUCUGCGCUCUUGCCGCUGACGCAGAUGGACGAUACUGUUCUUCCCGGUCUCGGAGAUCGAUCGAAUGGCCCGGUGACAGCGCUGACGUUUCACUGGCUCAAGUAUAAGCUGUACGAGAUUAUACGAGAGACCAUCUCGACCUUUCGACUACUACGACCGCGCAGUCCCAUGUCGAUGCAAGAUUUACAAGGUCUCAUUGACGCUGUGCAGCGCAUUGAUCGUCGUCUCAAGGACUGGACCAAAUCACUCCCAUCCCCAUUCGACGAGAGCAACGGAGUAUUCAACGCCAACGACGACCAAGAGACCGAGACAUUUGCUUCGCCAUGUCCAAGAUUCUUUGAGCCCCAAAGCAGUAGCGAUGCAGCCGCCGAGGACAUGGACCCAGCGCUUCGCCAGCUUCGGUUUCAAGCCUGGCUUCUGCAGGACACGUACAAUGCCGCCGUGGUCCUCGCCCAUCGUCCCCUUCUCGAGUAUCGUCUCUCGGCCGACUACCGCCGCACCGUACUUCCGCAACAUGUGGCGGACCUUGUCCACCGCUCCUUUGACGUCUCCAUCAAGGCCGCGCUCAACAUCUCCAAGACGCCCGUGAUGCAGUUUGAGCACGAGUUCUGCCUGGCUUUCAUCUUCAUACACUUGUUUACCGCUGGUGUGAUGUUAUGCAUACCACCCACGACACAUCCACACAGCAGCAUGGCACACGAGGCCAAGGCGGGCGUGUUCCGGAUCAUCCAGGCGGCCAAGGCGUUGCGGUCCCACAGCCAGGUGGCGAGGCACGCGGAGCAGUUGCUGAGUGAUCUGCUCAAACAAAGUCUGUACCGCGAAGUGGACCUAGCCUUCCAAGAGGAUAAUAGGCCAAGUGAAGCGGAUCCCGUCAUGACGGACAAGGCCAGCACGCACAAGAGCAGGGGUGAUACUCCCGUGGCGCCUCAUACGGCGUCGGCGGCGGAUACAUCACACGUGUUUGUACAGCCACCUGCUGCUGGUUCCCACGGGAUUGCGGAGGCAUGGACCGACGAAACAUAUCUCAUGAAUACGGACGUGUCCUAUCUUCAGCCCCUGGACCUACCGUUAGAUGAAGCAUUUGGUGCUUUUGGACAAGCCAUGUUUAAUUUGGCUCCAGAUGAUUCUUUGAACAGUUGGGGGUGGGGAAGAGGGUUUAUGUGACUGUCUUCUAAAGCCGUGCCGUUGGCAUCUCUGUCCUCCUUCUCGUCCUCUCUCCAUCACGCAGUUCCCUCCUGAGCAUCUUGCCACUCGGACUCUUGGGCACCUCCGCCACAAACUCCACGCCGCCCCUUAAUGCCUUUUGUUUGGACUUGUG